GUAACAAUGCGCAUUGAAAAAUGCUACUUUUGCUCGUCUCCCAUCUACCCGGGACACGGAAUCCAGUUUGUCAGAAACGAUAGCACAGUGUUCAAAUUCUGCCGAUCCAGAUGUAACAAAUUGUUCAAGAAGAAGAAGAACCCAAGAAAGCUUCGUUUCACCAAGGCUGCGCGUCGUGCUCGCGGAAAGGAGCUUAUCAACGACGCCACACAGCUUCUCGAACAGCGCAGAGAUGAGCCUGUCAAGUAUGAAAGAGCCAUGUUCCAAAAGACCAUUGAAGCUGCCAAAACGAUUUCCGCAUUGAAAACAAAAAGAUAUGGUAACCUGAUCAGAAAACGUCUGCAACCAGGAAAGAUUGUACAGAAGAAGGGACUCCUUGCGAAGGUCGACAAGAAAAUGCAUCUCAUCCGUGCUCCAGUUGCAAACAGAGAUGGUGUCAAGACAAGGGCGGCAGCAAAAGAAAAGAAAACCGCAGAAUCGAUGGAGACCAAUUGAGUACCCAAUUUUCUUUCUUUUUUUAAACUUUUUGUUAUUUGUUACUUGUUGUUCUACUCCCGCUUUUGUGAAUACACUUGGAUUUACG